AUGAGCUCCCAGAAGGGGUAUGUGGCUUGCUCCAGGCCUCAGAGGCAUCAGAAUACAGUUAGCUUCAAAAAUGACGAGUUUGAUAAGAGUGUUCAGACCAAAAAAAUUAAUGCAAAGCUUCAUGAUGGAGUUUUUCAGCAGCAUAAAGAAGGUCUUGAAAUGUGUGUAACAUACAGCAAUUAUAAACCAUUGUCAAAGCCUUAA